ACUUAAGCGCCAUUUAGCUGUAGUGUGUCUCUGUAUAUAGUGAAAUGGCUGAAGCCAGGUUUUCUCAUGACCAGUUCAGCUGUUCAGUGUGUCUGGAUCUACUGAAAGAUCCAGUGACUAUUCCCUGUGGACACAGUUACUGUAUGAGCUGCAUUAAACAAUGUUGGAAUCAAGAGGAUGAGAAGAGAGUCUACAGCUGCCCUCAGUGCAGACAGACCUUCAGACCAAGACCUGCUUUAAAGAAAAGCACCAUGCUGGCUGAAGUGGUGGAGCAACUGAAGAAGACUGAUCUCCAAACUGCCGUUCCUGCUGGGCCUCGAGAUGUGAAGUGUGACGUCUGUACUGGAAGAAAACAAAAAGCAGUGAAGUCCUGUUUGGUGUGUCUUAACUCUUUCUGUCAAAAUCACCUUGAACAACAUGAGAAUCUCUUCAGAGGAAAGAGACACGAUUUAAUGGACGCCACUAAAUACCUUCAGAAGAUGAUCUGCAGUAAACAUAAAAAACUGCUGGACAUUUUCUGCUGCUCUGACCAGCGUUGUAUAUGUAUGCUCUGCAUGGUGGACAAACACAAAAAUCAUGAUACUGUAUCAACUGCAGCAGAGAGGAAAGAGAAACAGAAGCACUUGGGUGAUACACAGAGAAAAUACCAUCAGCAAAUUAAGAAGAGAAAGAAAAAAAUUAGGGAGCUGAAAGAAGCUGUGGAGAUUCACAAGCAAUCUGCACAGACAGCAGUGGAGGACAGUGAGAGGAUCUUUGGUAAGCUCAUCAGCUCCAUUAAGAGAAGACGCUCUGAGGUCACACAGAUGAUCAGAGAUCAAGAAAAGACUGUAGUGAGUCGAGCUGAAGCACUUAUAAAGCAACUGGAGAAGGAGAUUGACCAAAUGAGGUCCAUAAAUGACGAGCUGGAGCAGCUUUCACAAACACAUAAUGACAUCCAUUUCCUCCAG